GAAGGGACCGUUCCUGCCGAGUGCCUGUUGGUAGGGAUCCUUCCCGGCGCGGUGCCUUGAGGGGCGCCCGGCGGUGGCUGCGGUUGAAGCAGGCGCGGGGAGGAGGAGUCCGGGAGCGGAGGAGACGCCAUGGACGAUCAGGGCUGCCCCAGGUGUAAGACCACCAAGUACCGGAACCCGUCCUUGAAGCUGAUGGUGAACGUGUGCGGACACACUCUGUGUGAAAGUUGUGUGGAUUUACUGUUUGUGAGGGGAGCUGGAAACUGCCCCGAGUGUGGGACUCCACUCAGAAAGAGCAACUUCAGAGUCCAGCUCUUUGAAGAUCCCGCUGUUGACAAGGAGGUGGAGAUUCGAAAAAAAGUGCUAAAGAUAUACAACAAAAGGGAAGAAGACUUUCCUAGUCUAAGAGAAUAUAAUGACUUCCUAGAAGAAGUAGAAGAGAUUGUUUUCAACUUGACCAACAAUGUGGAUUUGGACAAUACCAAAAAGAAAAUGGAGAUAUACCAAAAGGAAAACAAAGAUGUUAUUCAGAAAAAUAAGUUAAAGCUGACUCGGGAACAAGAAGAAUUGGAGGAAGCUUUAGAAGUAGAACGACAGGAAAAUGAACAAAGAAGACUGUUUGUACAAAAAGAAGAGCAGCUACAGCAGAUUCUAAAAAGGAAGAACAAGCAGGCGUUUUUAGAUGAGCUGGAGAGUUCUGAUCUUCCUGUUGCUCUGCUUUUGGCUCAGCAUAAAGAUAGAUCUACCCAGUUGGAAAUGCAGCUUGAUAAACCUAAAUCCAUAAAACCAGUGACGUUUUCCACAGGCAUUAAAAUGGGUCAACAAAUUUCAUUAGCACCUAUUCAUAAGCUUGAAGAAGCUUUAUAUGAGUACCAACCACUGCAGAUAGAGACAUGUGGACCACUCGUUCCUGAGCUCGAGAUGCUAGGAAGACUUGGGUAUUUGAACCAUGUCAGAGCUGCCUCUCCACAGGACCUUGCUGGUGGCUACACUUCUUCUCUGGCUUGUCACAGAGCACUACAAGAUGCAUUCAGUGGGCUUUUCUGGCAGCCCAAUUAACCAGUAUUCGGACCUUGAAGCCAAACCAAGAGAAUAAAAAGUAGAGAUUUAUAAAAUUAUAGCCACACGCAGCCAUAGCAUGGCACUGUCCCCAGCAGCUGUGUUAAAUCAUUUAUAAGAUAUCAGAGCUCAGCUGAGAAGUGGAAGGCAUACAUACUCAUGGAAAGAUGUAUUUUUACUUCUCAUCUUCUGAGAGGGAUUAUUGAAGUAGGAUCCUCACUUGAUGGGAGAGAAAUAAUUUGCCUGUGUAUGGGGUUGACAGACUUAUAAAAUCUUUUUAAAAUUAAAGCUCAACGUUAUGGUA